GGGGGCGGGGCGGGGCGCGCGCAUGCGCGGAGAGAGGCGGCGGGUGCUGCGGAGCCGCGGCUGCCGGGGCUGCGGGCGCCAUGUCGGGCCGCUCGGUGCGCGCCGAGACCCGCAGCCGCGCCAAGGAUGACAUCAAAAAAGUGAUGGCGGCCAUCGAGCGUGUCCGCAGAUGGGAGAAGAAGUGGGUGACGGUGGGCGACACUUCCCUGCGGAUAUUCAAGUGGGUGCCGGUGGCGGACAGCAAGGAGAAAGAGAAAUCCAAAUCAAGUAGCAGCACUGCCCGAGAACCCAAUGGCUUCCCAGCUGACACCUCUGCCAACUCCUCUCUUCUCCUGGAGUUCCAAGGUGCUGUUUCUGCAGAUGAGAACAGCAACCAGAGCUCCCUGUCAGAUGUCUACCAGCUCAAGGUGGACAGCAGCCCCAACUCCAGCCCCAGUCCCCAGCAGAGCGAGUCCAUGAGUCCUGCCCACACGUCUGACUUCCGCACGGACGACUCGCAGCCACCCACCCUGGGGCAGGAGACACUGGAAGAGCCCUCCCUGCCUUCCUCAGAAGUUGCAGACGAGCCUCCCACUCUCACAAAGGAAGAGCCAGUGCCCCUUGAGACUCAGGUAACUGAAGAGGAGGAGGACUCUGGUGCGCCGCCUCUGAAGAGAUUUUGUGCCGAUCAGAACUCUGUGUGCCACACGGCCUCGGAGAGCUAGCCUGCCCGUCCCCAGGGAGAGCGCCUUCGCCAGCCCCUCGCAGAGCCGCCCGCCCUCCCCUGGAGGACGGGGUGCUUCCCUCCAGCCCACCCCUUCCCCAGGGACGGGCGCUCCCACCACUCGCCAUCUAGCUGCCCUGCCCUGCCCUGCUCUCUGGGGCAGGAGCCUCCCGCCAGCCCCGGCCAAGGUAGCCUGCGCUCCCCCGGGGCGGAUGGGGCUGCCACCAGAACCUGCAAAUUUUGCCUCUAUUUAUUGGCUCCCUCUCUCCCUGCUGACCUGUUCUGUAGCAUGGGGGUCUCUGGCGGGCGGGUGGGCCGUCUGUCUACCUGCGCGGGGGGGGGGGGUUGUCUGCGGGGACUCCCUGCUCUUCCUGGCCCCCGGGGCACUGGCAGAGGCCGUUUGCCUGCUUCGGGCCCGCCUGCCCGCCCUCCCGGGAGAGCCGCCUUCCACCUGCGAAGUGAUCUGUCCGCUCCUUCCCUUGAGAGCGCCGGCAAGGAGGUGGGAGGUGGGGAGAGGCCGAGUCCUGCCCAGCCGCGGCAGGGAUCCGCUGGGACGCUGUGCAAUAAGCUGCUAGUUCAAGCCAUUGGUGUUCGGAGAGCCGGGAGCGCCCCCCCCCCGUGGAGGGCAGGUGCCGCCGGCCUGCCCCUGAUCUGCCGCCGGGUGCUGGCGAAGCCCCCGCGGGGUAGACCCCCAUCCCGGCAGGGUCUGCAGCCUGCUCCCCUCGCGGCUGCCCCGGCCCCCCGAGAGCCGGGAGAACCCCUGCGCCCGGCCGAGGUACCCCCCCCCGUCCCCGGGACGGGGAAGGAUGCGGCAGGGUGCCCCCAUAUCUCCUUCCCCCUCCCAGGCAGUCCCCGCCCCCUCCAGCCCCGUUCUCCUGCCGCCAGCCCCCGGCCUCCCCCGCCGCCACUGCAUGUCCCGCCGAGUCUGUGAUCGAGCCUGGCGAAGCCGAAGGCGCGGCUGCGCGCGGAAGUGGAAAGUUAUUUUAGCACUGAAUAGAAUAUUUUUAAAAUUAAAACUAUUUGAAAUACA